GAGAUGUCUGGUCGUGGCAAGGGAGGUAAAGGACUCGGGAAAGGAGGCGCUAAGCGUCAUCGCAAAGUGCUCCGUGAUAACAUCCAGGGCAUCACCAAGCCUGCUAUCCGCCGCCUGGCUCGCCGCGGAGGAGUGAAGCGAAUCUCCGGGCUGAUCUAUGAAGAGACCCGCGGGGUGCUGAAGGUGUUCCUGGAGAAUGUGAUCCGGGAUGCCGUCACCUACACUGAGCACGCCAAGAGAAAGACCGUCACCGCUAUGGAUGUGGUGUACGCUCUGAAGCGCCAGGGGCGCACUCUCUACGGGUUCGGGGGCUAGAGAUUUGGACGCGAAACACGAACACAAAGGCUCUUUUAAGAGCCGCCCACCGUUUCAUUUAAGGAGCUUUGAAUUAUAAAUCAAACUGCACAUAAAGCAGCGAAAUGUUUAAAAUGGAAGAAACACAUGUUUAUGAAGAAUGUUUUACGUUGUUGAUUAAUAAGCUUUUGGUUGCAGUGUAUUUAUUUGUUUAACUCAGUAACAGGUGUUAGAUUUCUGUAGCCCUUAAACACAGAUCUGAAUCUUUUAAUGAAACGUUUAUUAAAUACGAGCUCAGUUAAACCGAGCCACCCCCUUGUGCGGAAUUAAAGCCUGGUAACAUUUUUAAAUCU